AUGUCAGCAAAUUUGGACAAAUCUUUAGACGAGAUCAUCGGUGCUAACAAGAAGCCCGUGAGAGCACGUAUCAACAAGCGCACACAAGUGCCAAGAAAGGCACCAAAACAAAUUCGUCGUUCCGCACAGGGCGCAAAUGUCAGAGCUCCCGUUGCAGGAGCUGCUUCUAGAGUCGCUAGACUAUUGGAUUCUACCAGAGAAGCUAAGGUGAACGUUGAGGGUUUGCCUAGAGAUAUCAAGCAGGAUGCUGUUAAAGAAUUUUUCGCAUCUCAAGUAGGUGGUGUCGCAAGAGUGUUGUUGAGUUACAAUGAAAGAGGUCAAUCCACUGGUAUGGCUAACAUUACUUUCAAGAAUGGUGAGAUGGCUAAGAAAGCGGUUGCCAAAUUUAACGGUGCUCCAAUCGAUGGUGGUAGAUCCAGAUUGAGACUUAACUUGAUCAUCGACCCAUCUCAAGCCCCAGCCAGAUCGCUAUCGGAAAGAAUUAGAGCUAUCCCAUCAAAGAAUGUGAGACAAGGCGCUAACCUACCAAAGGGUCCAAACAAGAAGGCUGCUAUGGCUAAGAAGCCAAAGCCUCAGAGAGCACCAAAACAACCGAAGAAGAGCUUGGAAGAUUUGGACAAAGAAAUGGCCGACUAUUUCGAGGAAAAGCAAUAG